CCGCACCCACUUCCUUGAAGCUCACACACGCAGUCACUGCUCAUUCACACACUUGUUCUCCAGCUCCGAGCUUCAAGCUUUCGUCUCACCUGAUCAAGGGAACGGAUUAACUGAUUCAGCAGACACCUUUCUGAGGUCCAAAGACCUACAGGUAAGCGAGAAUGUUCAGUCGUUGCAAAGGACGAACUGGGAAGAUGUUCCUGAUGCUGGCGGUGGCCAGCUGUCUGACCUUCAUUGCUAGGUUGGUCUACCUCUCUGCAGUGAAUGGGUACAGGUUCUCUCGGGAAGUUCCCUGCACACCCAGGAAACACGUGGCAUUUAUGAAGAUCCACAAGACGGGAAGCAGCACUGUGCUGAACCUCCUGUACCGCUACGGAGAUGCCAAGAAUCUCACCUUCGCUCUGCCUCCUGAUGAUCACCUGGGCUACCCGAAUCUCUUCAGGGCCACCUUUGUUAAAGACUUUGCAAAGAAUCCGGGCAAGGAAUACAACAUCAUCUGUAACCACAUGCGCUUCAAUCUGCCUGAGGUGAAGAAGGUGAUGGGCAACGACUCUUUCAUCUUCACCAUCCUGCGGAACCCAGACAGCGUGGCAGAGUCGGCGUUUCCCUACUUCCACAGCGUUGCCCCGGUCUUUGGUGCCGUGAAGACCCUGACUGAGUUUGUGAGGAAGCUGGACAAGGUGUUCAAUCCUAAAACACUGAACAGCUUCUAUGCCCAUAACUUGUUGUGGUUUGAUCUUGGUGGGGACGCGGAGGCAGGGGCUGAAGGACCUCACGUUGACCAAACCCUCAAGGAGUUCGACUCUACCUUCCAUCUGGUCUUGCUGGCCGAGUACUUUGACCAGUCGCUGGUCUUGUUGCGGGAGGCUCUCUGUUGGGACAUGGAGGACAUGGUGUCCUUCCAGCUCAACGCCCGUGACCCCUCGACCAGAAGCUCACUCCCCCCUGAUCUUCUCUCCACCCUCCAGCGCUGGAAUGCCCUGGACUGGCAUCUCUACCGCCACUUCAACACGUCCUUCUGGCAAAGGGUGGAACGGUACGGGGUGGACAGGAUGGAGAGAGACGUCAAGCAUCUCCGCCAUCUUCGCCAGAAAAUCCAAGAUAUCUGUCUGCAAAGCAGCACACCUGAGGCCAAAAGCAAGAGCUCCAGUUACAUCAAAUCACCCAACUAUGGCAAUGCCAAGAUCAUUGGUUAUCUCCUGAAAGACAACUUGACCAGAGAAACCAAGGAAAUGUGCAUCAAGAUGGUUCUCCCAGAGAGAAAGUAUCUCAAUCGUCUACAGAGAAAACAGGGGUAGACAACCCUUGCACCUCAGCAAGGUGACUCCGGCCAGCGUGUAGAAAGGUGUUAGUGUUUAGUCAUGAACCAAUGGUGCAGGCUUGUGGGUUAAUUGGCUUGGUAUAAGUGUAAAUGAUCGCAGGCCAGUGUAGACACGGUGGGCCGAAGGGCCUGUUUCUUUUCUGUAUCUUUAAUCUCUACAGGCCCAGCGCCGACAAACGCUCAUCAUAUGUUAACCCACUCAUCCCUGGAAUCAUUCUCAUAAACCUGCUCUGGACCCUCUCCAGAGCCAGCACAUCCUUCCUCAGAUAUGGGGGUCAAAUAGAUAUGACAAUAGAUAUGAAGAUGGAAAAUAGCUGGAAUGUGAAGACAAGGGAACGUGAUGUGACUAUCUGGCUGUGGGAGGUUCCAGAACUUUCCAUGAUAUGUCUCUGGGCAAAUAUCGCAGGCAAGGGAUGUGUCGGGGAGGGGCAGUUUGAUAACAUUAAGGCAGGACAAUGCCAAAAGGGUGUGUAUAUUUAACCUUUAGUUGAAUGAUGUGGAAGUGUUUGACCUUCAGAAUUGUGCAAGGUGGAACAAGAAUGUUGUAAUGCAUAAAGGGUGGUUUGUGACAGGUAGCGUUGCCAACUUUCUCAUUCCUAAAUAAGGGACAGAAUGCCAAAAUAUAGGACAAAUUCCCGAAGGCAAUCCGUUGGGCGACUCAGCCGUGGCUGGGUGAAUGAUGAGUUGGCCUGGAUCCUGGACUGCAGGCCAGAUAAGCGGUUUUGGCCCAGGUGCCGGGGGCAAAGUCCAGCACCCCAGGGCAGAGUCCAGUACCCCAUCCAACUCAUGAACCGAUGAUCGGCCAUGAGAAGGAGGGGCGAUGGUGUCGGUGGUAAUCGAAGGUCGGACAGCUGGCCGGGCUGCCGACCGACCGACGGGGCCACGGGUGAGGUGCUGCUGCUGUUGCACUCUAUGGGCUGCACUACGUCGGGACGGGUGAGGCUGGGCCGGACGUGGCGCUCUGACACGACAGUCACCUCGACCCGAGUAGUAGCAGUCAAAUACAGGACAAGGGCGGUCCCGUACGGGACAAACCAAUUUAGCCCAAAUACGGGAUGUCCCGGCUAAACUAUCUCCCCUUCCUCCCCCCCCCAUCCAAGGACCAGCCUCCACAAGGCCACCAGCCUCCACAAGGCCAGUCUCACCCGGUCACUUCUUUUUCUCCCUCUUAGCUGUGAGGAGGAUGCCAGGUGACUUGGAUAGGUUGGGUGAGUGGACAAAUGCAUGGCAGAUGCUGUAUUAAUGUGGAUAAAUGUGAGGUUAUCCACUUUGGUGACAAAAACAGGAAAGUAGACUAUUAUCUGAAUGGUGGCCAAUUAGGAAAAGGGGAGAUGCAACAAGACCUGAGUGUCAUGGUACACCAGUCAUUGAAAGUAGGCAUGCAGGUGCAGCAGGCAGUGAAGAAAGCAAAUAGUAUGUUAGCAUUCAUAGCAAAAGGAUUUGAGUAUAGGAGCAGGGAGGUUCUACUGCAGUUGUACAGGGUCUUGGUGAGACCACACCUGGAGUAUUGUGUACAGUUUUGGUCCCCUAAUCUGAGGAAAGACAUUCUCGCCAUAGAAGGAGUACAGAGAAGGUUCACCAGACUGAUUCCUGGGAUGUCAGGACUUUCAUAUGAAGAAACACUGGAUAGGCUCGGCUUGUACUCGCUAGAAUUUAGUUGAUUGAGGGGGAAUCUUAUAGAAACUUACAAAAUUCUUAAGGGGUUGGACAGGCUAGAUGCAGGAAGAUUGUUCCUGAUGUUGGGGAAGUCCAGAACAAGGGGUCACAGUUUAAGGAUAAGGGGGAAAUCUUUUAGGACGAGAUGAGAAAAACAUUUUUCACACAGAGAGUGGUGAAUCUCUGGAAUUCUCAGCCACAGAAGGUAGUUGUGGCCAGUUCAUUGGCUAUAUUUAAGAGGGAGUUAGAUGUGGCCCUUGUGGCUAAAGGGAUCAGGGGGUAUGGAGAGAAGGCAGGUACAGGAUACUGAGUUGGAUGAUCAGCCAUGAUCAUAUUGAAUGGCGGUGCAGGCUCGAAGGGCCGAAUGGCCUCUACUCCUGCACCUAUUUUCUAUGUUUCUAUGUUUCUCCCCUCUCCCAUCGGGCAAGAGGUACAGAAGUGUGAAAACACACACCUCCAAAUUCAGGUACAGUUUCUUCCCGGCUGUUAUCAGGCAACUGAACCGUCCUCUCACCAACUAGAGAGCAGUCCUGACCUCCAUCUACCUCAUUGGAGACCCUCGGAUUAUCUUUAAUUGGACAUUACUAGACUUUAUCUUGCACUAAACAUUAUUCCCUUCAUCCUGUAUCUGUACACUGUGGACGGCUAGAUUGUAAUCAUGUAUAGUCUUUCCGCUGAUUGGAUAUCACGCAACAAAAAUAAUUUUCAUUGUACCUCGAUACACGUGACAAUAAUAAACAAAUCUAAAAUCUCA